AUGACCAACAACAAUAAUCCUGAAGAAGAGCAAAGAGGAAGAGGGAGACCUAGAAAGUAUCAACCAUCCUACGUAUUCAAGGCACCUGUCUAUAAUUCACCACUAGGCUAUCAAUACACAUUACCAAUUGCAUCCAAUGUGAAUAUCACAUUGGCAACUGCUGUACCAACAACAGUUAGAAGCAGAAAACAGUCAACUGUAGUACAAUCGGAAGAAUACAUUCUUCAACCAAGAACAAAGAGAUCUGCUGCAAUCAAAGCAGUUCCAACAACAAAGAAGAAGAAAAAGACAGCAAGAAGUGAUUCAACUGAAACAUCAACGACUAAUUUAACGUAUGAGUCCAAUACGGCUGAAUUGGAAGAUGUCUAUGAGAAAUUACUCGAUAGAAAAGAUGGACAAUUUCUGGUCAAAUUUAGAAACAGAAGUUUCUUACACUGUGAUUGGGUAGAUGAAAAUGAGAUUAUGCNCAGUUAG